UUUCAUAUUAAGAUGGCGACUCCCUUGGAGUUAUUUUGCUGGAAAGGCAACUGGGGAUUGCCUUCUGUCAACACCGAAUGCCUUAUCGUGCUGGCUUAUGCAAGGUUUGCAGGAGUACCUCUCAAACUUCACAAAACUGCCAACCCUUGGGGAAGUCCUACAGGCAUCCUCCCAGCGCUGAAGACUCAAGAGAAUGGCAGCUUUUCUCAGCCCAGUAAAAUCAUCAUUGAAUUCAGGAAACAGAAGUACAAUGCUGACUUUGACCUCUCAGCGAAAGAGGGAGCAGACACACUGGCUUUCAUAUCUCUGGUGGAGGAGAAGCUGAUGCCUGCACUGAUCUACGCUCUGUGGGUGGACCCCAAGAACUAUGUGGAGGUGACCCGCCGUUGGCAUGGCGACAACAUUCCCUUCCCACUGAACUUCUUCCUGCCGAGCCGCAUGCAGCGGCAGCAGCUGGCCCGCCUGCGCCUCAUCAAGGGGGACGAGACCCUGGAGGCCGGCGAGGACAUGGAGAAGGAGCUUUACCACGACGCCCAGGAGUGCAUGGAUCUCCUCUCUCAACGUCUUGGUUCCAGCAAAUUCUUCUUUGGAGAUUCGCCUUCCUCUCUGGAUGCGUAUGUAUUUGGCCACUUAGCGCCUUUGCUGAAGAUCAAGCUGCCGUGCGGGCGCCUCCAGCAGCAUCUGAAGUCUCUGGACAAUCUGACGCGAUUCUGCUCCAACAUCCUCACCCUCUACUUCCCUAGCGAGCCUAAUGAGGGCGCGGCUCACAAAGUGUCCACUCAGCCCGAGGCCAACGAGUUUGACAACGAGCCCAACAAGAGGAGGAAGCAGCUGCUCUCUCUGGUCUUUGCCCUGGGGGCCAUGCUGAGCUACGCCCUGCUGACGGGCAUCGUCUCCAUCGAGCACGUGCCCACCGAGGAGGACCUCAGGGAGCCACAGGGCAUCGCAGAGGCCUCCCCAGGCGAGGACGAGGAGUGAUGUGUGUGUGUGUGUGUGUGUGUGUGUAGACGAGGAGAGAGUAGAAAGGCGAUAGAAUGGGAUAGAGCAUCAGGGACAGGUGUGGGAGUGUUUUGUGAUUAACAGUUUUAGGGGACCAGCACAGUUAGUGGUGCAAAGCAUUUCUCUAAAGACCAAGAGGAACCACUCCCUGAUUUUGGUUUCUCAUAUCAGAUGACGUGAGCAAGAACCAUUAGGUUUUAUGUUACAGAUGGAUAAAGAUUUUUUUUAUUGCAUGAUAAUCAUGAUGGCCAAUUCAAUUUGUCAACUUAUCAGUUAAACAACGACUAAGUACAGUGAUGACCAAAUUUUUUCACUUUAUCAGUGUUGUAUUUAUUUUCUUCAGAAGCAUGUACUCUUUACUAUGAAAAUGUACUAGGGCACAUUUGCUUAUUCAUUAGAGAAAUUAUGACUGCAUUACUGAAAUUGCAGGCCUUUUUUCUGCGCUAUCCAAUUCUCUCUGUUUUGGAUAAACACACCAUGUCCAGCCAUGACUAGUCAAGCCAAACUAAUGAUGCAGGUCUCAAUGAAAUUACCUGUGGGGACCAACAUAACCCAGGAAACCUUUCAUCAAAAACUUUACCCAGAUUUGGGACUAUAAUUCCUUAUAGGUGGAUCAAAUUUGCACUUGAUAUAGAGGAACUCCAUUGUUGCCUUGAGUGAGUUGAUUUUGGCUUUUAUGUCUUUUUGUUGUUGUUGUUGUUGUUGUCGUCGUGUUUAUUUUGAUUUCUUCUUGAAACGUCUUUCCCCCUCUCUUUUUAGGUUUUAUGUUCGAACCUAAGAUCAGGUGUUUUUAUGUACAUUUUGUUGUAUGCAGCAAAUGGCUGAGUAGAGUCCUGAAAGCUAUACCAAGGAGCGAGAUUGGUGGUAUGUUGAGCCUAAAGCUAGAGGCGAAUGCCCCUGGUGGACUUCUUUUUCUUUCAACUUUUACAUUUUUGUGUCAAUUGUUUAUAUUGUUUAUGUAAACAAAAUGGAAAGCAACAAGGCAAUUGCCACAAACUUUUGCCUGAAUUGAACGCACCUCUGGCUUUAAGCUCACUGUACCAUUUCUCUUGUUUCAUCAUGCACCCCAUUGUUUUUAUUUUAUGUGCAUGAGUAUCCAUAUACUGCUACUUAAGUGUUCAAAUGGCAGCAUAGUGGCUGAAUGGAUACUUGGGACUAUUAUCAAUAUAUUCCUACUGAACCAGAAUAUGACCAGAAUUCAACCAGAGGACUGUUCCUCUUUAUGUGAUCUGGCUGAAGCUCUAAAAUAUCUGAGAUCUUGUCAUAUUUCUAACAGACCAAUGCUUGUGCUGUCUGCAGCUCGUUGUAAUUUGAUGUCUUAAUUCACAGUCUGAAGCACUGAUUUGAAUGGAACAUCACAAAAGUAUAUUAGCAACAUACCAAAGAAUAAGCCUUUGCUGCUUUUUCAAAAUAUUACUCAAUAAAAGAGAUUGACUCAGUGUCCAAAAGCGUAAAUCUUUCAAAGAUGUGUACUUGUGCUUGUUACUGCGACCAUCUCCCUUUUCUCUGUGGUUGAGUUUGUUUCAGUGUGUGCUGAAAGCUAAGAUCUCUGGAGUUGUUUCAAAGUAAAAAAAGAAAUAAAUAAAAAAAAGAAUAGUGAUCUUGGAAGCCAUCUCCCCAAAUAAUCUGGAUUUAUCAACUACUUAGUUUUAAAUGUGUAAUCAAGCAAGAUGGAGUACAUACAUUAAUAGUUUGUUGUUCACUACUAACUUGCCAGACUUGAGAAGAAGUGCAUUUAUGAUUUAAUCGUGAUCACAACAAGCACUUAAUCUCUUGCAUGCUCUUGUUACAAGACCAAUAAUGUGUGCAUUGUUACUUAUCCUAAUGACGAGAAAAAUGUAAAUAUGUUGCAAAUGAAUAUUAUAUUUUCUUAAUUUAUGAAUGAAUGAAUAAAUGGGCCUUGAACACAA